CGGCUGGACGGGCGGCGCUUGCAGAGGCUCGGGGACGGUUGCUGAGGGGGACUGGGCUCCCGGUCGCGGCGCCUUCCGCCUGACGGCUCCCAGUCUGUCUGUCGGAUCCCGAGCGACCUAGGCUGAGCCCGCGCCCAGCGGGUGGGCCGGACGGAGAGAAUUCCCUGAGCUGGUGUCAGGUGCCACGGGCACUGGGGAUCUCACCAGGAGGGGACGGACAGAGCUAGGGGCCAGCAAGAUGGCGGAUGAGGCCUUAGCCGGACUGGAUGAGGGAGCCCUGCGAAAGCUGUUGGAGGUCACAGCGGAUCUGGCAGAGAGGCGGCGCAUCCGCUCAGCCAUCCGGGAGUUGCAGCGGCAGGAGCUACAGCGUGAGGAGGAGGCCCUGGCAUCCAAGCGCUUCCGUGCCGAGCGGCAGGACAACAAGGAGAACUGGCUGCACUCUCAGCAGCAGGAGGCAGAGCAGCGAGCUGCUCUGGCGCGGCUGGCAGGGCGGCUGGAGUCCAUGAAUGAUGUGGAAGAGUUGACUGCACUGCUGCGAGGUGCCGGUGAGUAUGAAGAACGCAAGCUGAUCCGAGCUGCAAUCCGCCGCAUAAGGGCCCAGGAGAUUGAGGCUGCCACGUUGGCUGGGAGGUUGUGCAGCGGGCGUCCCAACGGUGGCUCAAGAGAGGAGAGCAAGGGGCGGGCAGCACACAGGCUGGAACAGUGUGAGGUGCCAGAGCAAGAGAAACAGGAGCAGCACACAGAGGUCCCAGAGCCAACCCCAACCCCUCAGGGCACCAGCCGGGAUGUGACCACAGUGACACUCCUGCUGCGGGCCCCACCUGGGGGCACACCCAGCUUACCUGCCUCACCUGUCAGUUCACCCACCACUGCUUCUCCUGAGCCUCCACUAGAGCCUGCUGAGGCCCAGUGUCCUGCUGCUGAGACUGUGGGCAGCCCCGAGCCACCCUCCAGCCCACCCAGGGCCACCAGCCCUGAGCCCCAGGAACCGCCAGCCACCCCCAGCACUGAGAGGCAGGUGGUCAGCAAGCUCCUGCCUGGCCCCACAGAGCCCCCAGCUGUCCAAGGCCCCACCAAAGAUCCCUCCAACACAAAGAGAGCAGACCUGGCCGGAUCCCGUCCCUGCCAACGCUCGCUGUCUGUGCUCAGCCCCCGCCAGCCAGCCCAGAACCAAGAGCCCCCCAACCCUGCCAGCGGACCUUCCCCAUUCCAGCGGGCUGGCUCUGUGCGGGAUCGUGUGCGCAAGUUCACAUCUGAUUCUCCUAUGGCUGCUGGGCUCCAGGAUGGCCCACCCCGGUUGGCCCUGGGUGCCUCAACCCCCACAAGACUCCUGGGCCCCUCCCACAUCAACACUACCCCUGCCUCUUCCAAUGGCUCCUCCUCACGGGCCCCCAGUGACACCUCCUCCCGAUUCAGCAAGGAGCCACGGGGAACAGCCAGGCCCCUGGCCCAGCUUCAGAGCUGCCCCCGGGAGGAGGGCCCCAGGGGGCGGGGCUUGGCUGCCAGGUCCCUUGAAAACAGAGCAGGGGGGCCUGGGGCCCGCUCAGAGGAGCCCAGUGCCCCGCUUCCCGUGCCUGCCGGCACUGCUGAGCCAGGGGCCAGUAUGAAGACCACAUUCACCAUCGAGAUCAAGGAUGGCCGUGGCCAGGCAUCCACAAGCCGAGUGCUGCUGCCCACAGGCAACCAGAGGGCAGAACUGACGCUGGGGCUACGGGCGCCUCCCACCCUCCUGAGCACCAGCAGUGGGGGCAAGAGCACCAUCACCCAUAUCAGCAGCCCUGCGACCCUGGCCCAGCUGGGUAGCGUCACUCAUGUCACCAGCUUCAGCCAUGCUUCCCCUGGUAGCCGGAGAGGCUGCAGCAUUAAGGCGGCUGAGGAUGCUGGGACCCCCGUGGCCCACCCGCCUGCCUUCAGCACCCGCCGCCGCUCCUCUGCCGGCCCUGCCCACAGCAGCAGUCUCAUGGAGCCAGAGCCAGCAGGGCCCCCCUCUGCGGCAGUGGAAGUGGCUAAUGGCGCCGAGCAAACCCAAGUGGACAAAGCACCAGAGAGGCGGAGCCCCCUAAGCACUGAGGAGCUGAUGGCCAUUGAGGAUGAAAGCAUCCUGGACAAGAUGCUGGAUCAGACUACAGACUUUGAGGAACGGAAGCUAAUCCGGGCUGCACUACGUGAGCUCCGACAAAAGAAGAGAGACCAGCGGGACAAGGAGCGGGAACGGCGGCUGCAAGAGGCACGGGCCCGGCCAGGGGAGGGCCGUGGCAACACAGCCACAGAGACCACCACGCAGCACAGCCAGCGGGCAGCCGACGGCUCAGCUGUCAGCACUGUCACCAAGACUGAGCGGCUCGUCCACUCUAAUGAUGGCACGAGGACGGCCCGCACCACCACGGUGGAGUCAAGUUUUGUGAGGCGCUCGGAGAAUGGUGGCGGCAGCACCAUGGUGCAAACCAAGACCUUUUCCUCGUCGUCAUCCAAGAAAAUGGGCAGUAUCUUUGACCGCGAGGAUGAGGCCAGCCCACGGCCCGGCAGCCUGGCGGCACUCGAGAAACGCCAGGCGGAGAAGAAGAAAGAGCUGAUGAAGGCGCAGAGCCUGCCCAAGACCUCAGCCUCACAGGCGCGCAAAGCCAUGAUUGAGAAGCUGGAGAAGGAAGGCGCGGCGGGCAGCCCUGGGGGGCCGCGCGCAGCGGUGCAGCGCUCCACCAGCUUCGGAGUCCCCAACGCUAACAGCAUCAAGCAGAUGUUGCUGGACUGGUGCCGAGCCAAGACACGCGGCUAUGAGCACGUGGACAUCCAGAACUUCUCCUCAAGUUGGAGUGAUGGGAUGGCCUUCUGUGCCCUGGUGCAUAACUUCUUCCCUGAGGCCUUCGACUAUGGGCAGCUCAGCCCACAGAACCGGCGUCAGAACUUCGAGGUGGCCUUCUCAUCUGCUGAGACCCAUGCGGACUGCCCGCAGCUCCUGGACACAGAGGACAUGGUGCGGCUUCGAGAGCCUGACUGGAAGUGCGUGUACACGUACAUCCAGGAAUUCUACCGCUGUCUGGUCCAGAAGGGGCUGGUAAAAACCAAAAAGUCCUAACCCCUGCUCAGGAGCCCCACGGAUGCUGGUGGACUGCGUGCCCCUGGUGGAGGUGGAGGACAUGAUGAUCAUGGGCAAGAAGCCCGACCCCAAGUGCGUCUUCACCUAUGUGCAGUCGCUCUACAACCACCUGCGGCGCCACGAGCUGCGCCUGCGCGGGAAGAAUGUGUAGCCUCCCUGCGCGCACGGCCCGCCUGCGGCAAGCUGCACCCACCAUCCAGGCACCAUCCCCUCCCUGUGCGCCUGCCCACUGCUGCCCUGUCUGUCGCAACACCCUCCCCUGCAUACACACGCUGCGUUUUGAUAAAUUAUUGGUUUUCAACGA